CCAAUCAGAGUGCGUCUUGCCCGAGCCCCGCCCCGGGCUCGGUGCUCCGCUAACUCCGGCCCACCCGGUUACCGCCUGCCCGGUGGCGGAGGCGCAGUGCGGUUACCCUAGGAACCCCCCGAUCAUGUCGCUGCGAGUGGCUAGGAGCGCGCGGGCCGUGGCCUGCAGCCUGCGCACCGCCCUGGCCUCUUGCCCACCACGGCCCUGGGUGCCGAGCGCCGUCGCCGUCCGCUCACUGAGCACUGGAUCCGCUGUGCUGUCUGUGCGUAAAUUCACAGAGAAACAUGAAUGGAUAACCACAGAGAAUGGUAUUGGAACAGUGGGAAUCAGCAAUUUUGCACAGGAAGCUUUGGGAGAUGUUGUUUACUGUAGUCUGCCUGAAGUUGGGACAAAAUUGAAAAAACAAGAUGAGUUUGGUGCUCUGGAGAGUGUGAAGGCUGCCAGUGAGCUCUACUCUCCUCUGUCAGGAGAGGUGACAGAGGUCAAUGAGGCGCUUGCAGAAAACCCAGGGCUCGUCAACAAAUCCUGUUAUGAAGACGGUUGGCUGAUCAAGAUGGCACUGAGUGACCCUUCAGAGCUGGAUGAAUUAAUGAGUGAAGAAGCAUAUGAGAAAUAUGUGAAGUCCAUUGAGGAGUGAACAUUGCACCCUGACUCCCAAAUAAAACUGGGAAGUAACCUGCUCCAGCAUGCUUGUCUUAAAUUAGUGGAGAAUAGAAGAUUUGAAAUAACUUUUAGCAAUACUGAUGGAAAGAAACUAUUCUCAACAGUGCUACUGAAAAAACCCAACUUCCUGAUGGGUGCAAAUAAACACAAUGUACAUGUUUUUAAUAAUGCCCAUACUAGGUAUUUAGACUAGGGGUUAAGCUCUGGUGUUUUGCAUUCUUGAGAUCAUCUAUGCUGGGUUUGGUGACGAACUACCCUUUAAUCCCAGCACUCAACAAGCAGAUCUCUUGUUAGUUUGAGGUCAG